AUGGAUGAAGCAAGAAAUAUUUUUGAAAAAGCUCUCUUAGUGAAUAAUAAUUAUUCAUCUUCACACUUUCAUUUUGGUAAGUAAUUAUCUAUUUUCUAGCAUUAUCAUUAGAAGACUUUAAGUAAUUUGAUUCAGCAAUUUUUCACUAUAAUCAAGCUAUAAAAAUCAAUCCAUCAUUUUAUCAAGCAUAUGAAAACCGUGGUAACUAAAUUGAAUAUAUUUUAAGCUUUUUUUUAAAUUCAAAUAUAAAUAAAAUCUAUUGAUAAUUUGGUUUAUUGUAUUAUUUGA